UAAAACAGAAGAGAAUCACUUAAGUUCAACAAUUAAGACAUAUAUAAACUUUCUUAAAAUUUCUAAUGAAGGAUGACUACUCCAUAUGUUCCUGUUCCAAUUCCUAUAGGAAAUUCUACUAGUUUUACCAUAAAUAGAAACCAAAGAAGAUCAUCUCUUGGGAGUAUUUCAGCAUGUUCAGAUUCUCCAAAGGGACAGUUAGAAGAGUCAGCUAAAAGUAACUUUAAAAAAAUGAGUGUUCCCGAUGAGAUUGGUACUACUUCAUGUCCUUGCAAUAGUCCACUUGUUAGAACUAAAAUGCUAGGUAUAAAUACCUCUAUGGAAUAUUAUAUUCAACCAUUGGAAACAACUGAGCAAAACACCAACUUGGAGAACUGGGAAGAUCGACCCGCUACUCCUACAAUACUUGGUUAUGAAGUAAUGGAAGAGAGAGCAAAAUUCACUGUUUACAAAGUACUUGUGAAGAAAAAUCCAGAAGAAAACUGGGUAGUUUUCAGAAGGUAUACAGACUUCUCCAGGCUCAAUGACAAGCUGAAAGAUAUGUUUCCUGGUUUUCGACUGGCAUUGCCCCCAAAGCGUUGGUUCAAGGAUAAUUAUAAUCCUGACUUCCUAGAAGACAGACAGCUAGGACUCCAAGCAUUUCUGCAGAAUUUAGUAGCUCACAAAGACAUUGCCAACUGCCUUGCAGUAAGGGAGUUUCUUUGUUUGGAUGACCCACCAGGACCCUUUGAUAGCCUUGAGGAGAGCAGGGCUUUUUGUGAAACUUUGGAGGAAACAAAUUACCGGCUUCAAAAGGAACUUAAUGAAAAACAAAAAGAGGUGGAAACUCUGAAAAAGUUGUUAAAUGAAAAAGAAUUGUACAUAAAUGAAAUGGAGAAAAGACAUGGGGACUUAAAUUUAGUGGAAACAAAGUCUUGUAAAUUGUCAGGAGAGGGAAGUGAAUGCAGUGGAGAAGUGGAGUCAUCCGCAACAGAGGCAGAUCAAAGAACUUUGGACGAAGACAGCCGGUCUGAAAAAGAGGAUUGGAAAACCUCUUGGAGUGGGUCACUGGUAGAAAACUUUGUGCCAGAAAUUGAAGUAGCCGAAGUGGCAUAUACUGCUGAUAUAGUGAUGUAAGCAUGACUUGUUUUGCUUUAUUUUGUUUUUGUUUUUUAAAAAAAGAUCUAUCUGGAAGUUGUUGAACAAAAGCAGUAGAACUGAAGAUGAUAGGAAUGUUUACAUAAAUCACUCGGAAUACAUUUUUGACACAAGAAAAAUAAUCAGUGCUGCUGCUUUAAUUCAUUUGUUAUCUAAGAUAUAUAGAUAUGUGGAGAACUAUAUUAAUAUAUAAAAAACUCUGGUUAAGUUUAUGCUAUGCCUAGAAUCCUAAGUAGUGUGUAUAAUUUAGCAGUAGAUAAAGGUUAAAUGUCAAUUAUCAUUUGGCUUGUCACACCUGUUUGCUACUAAUAUGUGACCUAUUUUUUAUGAGCAGCUUUUGGUAUCUGAUUUUGCGGAUUCUUUAUAUAGGAUAUAGUUUUAUGCUCUGGAAAUAAAAUUCUGCCAUCAGGCCUCAGAAACAGUAUAUGAUCUCUCAUGUUUUUAAAACGAUAAAUUUAAAUAACUUAUAAGUAUGUUUUAAUGCAAUAAACUAGAAAAGCUUACAAUACCAAAAUAAUAUUUCAGAUAUAGGAAUAAGAUUAGGAGGUUUUUAUAAUGGGAGAGGGAGAAUCAUAGGCAAUUAACUGUAUAGCCUAGGUAUACUGUAGAUGGCCAUGUACACUUGAAAAUAAUGUAAAAACUGAUUUAAUAUUGUACCUGUUUUUUCUUUACAUCUUAUGAUAAUUUUGCUACAUAAUCAAUGACUGCCUUAGAUAUAUAUAAAAAACACUACCUCCUACUUUUUACUUAUGCAUAAGUGUGCUGUUUAAUGCCUAUUCAAUAUGUAUAUGAAUGAUAAUGGCCAUUCGUUAAAGCCAUACUUCUGCGCCGUUAAGAAAUCUAGUUGCAGUUUGUAUGAAGAUACCAGGGAUUCUGUAGCUUACUUACAAAUUGUGUUAUGCCCAACAAUGCACUUUAUUGUAAACAGACACCUUGUGUCAAGAUCAUUGGCACAUGCGUACACAGAGACACAUGCACACACCCAUGCAUAUCUUUUGAUCGAGGAAAGGUGAAGUGAUUUGCACAAUCAUGUCUCUUUCUAUUAUGCUUGUUACACAUGUUUACUGCAGUGUGGGUCAGCUUUAUGGAAUCUCCAGAAACAUUUUACUGAGCGGCUGUUUGCUCAAAGUGCCUUUUGUCUCUUCUUCCAGUGAAAAGAAAGCAAGCUUUGUUGUUCUUUAUGUCAUUUACUCUUUGUUUGUCUUAAUGUUGUUAGCACACAAGUCUCCAUGUGCUUGGACUUUUCAAUGUUCACUUUGUAAUUUUGGGAUAUGAGGAAAAACACUCUGUAGAACUGUAUAAAGCUGUCUGAGGAAAAUAAAGAUUUGGAUAUGA